AAAGAUAACUUACCAAGUUUUUCGUCAACCAUGUUAGCAACCCAUAUUUGAAAUGGAAUUGUAGUGAUAUAUUUGCAUGUGUUUCAGUGAAACUUUCACCGGAACGAUAUUGUUUUAAUGUCGUGCUAACAUUGCAAUGUUAUGGUACCAGAGACAAAUUGGACAUGGAAGGAGGAAAGAGAUGCAGAAUAAAAAGAAAAGGAUAAAACAACUAUAUGGAUUUAUUGGAACGAUAUUUUUUUGACUAUUUCACCAAGCAUGGUACGGGAUUUUAGGCACAUGUAAUGUAAAUGUCUGGUCUAAGGUGAACAAAUGUCAGCAUAGUAAUUAUUUAGAUUCUUGAUCUAACCUCUGGCAGACAAAAUUUUGUGUUUUUCUUAUUACAUCCAAAUUAGCUUUUCUCGCUUUAUUUAUUAAUUUUAUUUUUGGAACUCAUUAUUCAACAAUGUUCUUCGACAGAGACACACAGAUACUGUCCAAUUUAUGCAGACGGCAAUGUGGUUAGGAUUGCUUCCUGGGUCUGAUGGAGAAGUAAAGAAACCUGAUAAUAGUGAUACUCCUCUUGUUAAUUUAUUCAAAAAUGUUGCUUCUGCAGUUGUUUCAAACCCUUCAUGUCUGAAUCCAUCAUCUUUCCUGAUCAUGUCAAAACAAGCAGAGGCUGCCGAUCUUUUAUACAAAUCCAAAUUGAGCUCUGGAAGUGUACUAGAAUAUGCACUAGCUUUUGUGAAUGCAGCGGUUGACAGACACUACAGUAAAUGGAGUGCAACUCCAAAGACAGGAUUUAUAGACAUAACAACUUCUAAGGAUUUCUACCGCAUUGUUAGUGGCCUUCAGUUUGAGUACUUGGAGAGCUCAUUGCUUGACACAUCAAGGAGAAAUGAAUAUUUAGGCGAUUCUGUGGCUUGGGCUGCUUGCACAAUCAUCUAUUUACUUGGACAACAACAGCACUUUGAACUUUUUGAUUUCUCGUACCAGUUCCUAAAUGUAGCUGAAGUAGAAGGUGCCUUUGUGACACAAUCUUCUGAUCGGUUGAAGGCUGCCAACAAUUUGCAGGGAUAUGAGAACCUACUGGAAGCUAUGAAGAAGGGGAGGAGAUUGAACAAUCAUGUGUUUAGCAUAUUAAGAGCACGUUGCCCCCUUGAAGACAAGACAGCAUGUGCCAUCAAGCAAAGUGGUGCUCCUCUACAUCGGGUUAGAUUCGCAAAUACCGUCUCUGCAUUUGAGACGCUGCCUCAGAAGGGAACCUAAUAGUAAUUUUGUAUGUUCAUACAUUCUAAUCGCAAAAUUUUCUCUUCUCUCAUGAUCAAGUAGUACAUGUUUCAUUCAAUUGAUUAGAGGAUUAAUGUAUGUGGCUUCGAUGAUUAGAGAAGGAUCAUUGGGAUUUGGCUACCCACCGAAAUUCUGAUAAAGUUUACAUCAGUUUGUAACUCUGUUGAUAUUGCCUUGUGUGUAUUCAUCAACCUUUAUAUUAAUUUAUAAUGAAAAAGUAUAUGUAUAAUUUUGCUGAUUA